GCCCAACCCAAGUUCAAAGGCUGAAGAGAGAAAAACUCAUGAGGAAAUUUUACUCUAGGGAAAGUUGUUCAGUGGAUGGGAUCCUGUCCUGGCGCACGGGGAAAGAUGUUAGGCUCUUCCUGGAUCCUUCUCAGCUUUGUUGCUGUGACUGCUGCUCAGUCCACCAUCGAGGAACUGGCCAAGACAUUUUUGGACAAGUUUAACCAGGAAGCUGAAGACCUGGAUCAUCAACGUUCACUUGCUGCUUGGAAUUAUAACACAAAUAUCACAAAGGAGAAUACCGAAAAGAUGAAUGAGGCUGAGGCCAAAUGGUCUGCCUUUUAUGAAGAGCAGUCAAAGCUUGCUAAAGAUUAUCCACUACAAGAAAUUCAAAAUUUUACACUCAAGCGUCAAUUGCAGGCCCUUCAGCAGAGUGGGUCUUCAGCGCUCUCCGCCAAUAAGAGGGAACAGUUGAACACAAUUCUAAAUACGAUGAGCACCAUCUACAGUACUGGAAAAGUGUGUAACCCAAAAAAACCUCAAGAGUGCCUACUGCUUGAGCCAGGUUUGGAUGAAAUAAUGGCAAACAGCACCGACUACAGUGAGAGGCUCUGGGUUUGGGAAGGUUGGAGGUCUGAGGUUGGCAAGCAGCUAAGGCCAUUAUAUGAAGAGUACGUGGUCCUGAAAAAUGAGAUGGCAAGAGCAAACAAUUAUGAAGACUAUGGGGAUUAUUGGAGAGGAGAUUAUGAAGCAGAGGGAGCAGAUGGUUAUGGCUAUAACCGCAACCAGUUGAUUGAAGAUGUGGAACGCACAUUUGCAGAGAUUAAACCAUUAUAUGAACAUCUUCAUGCUUAUGUGAGAGCAAAAUUGAUGAAUACCUACCCUUCCUAUAUCAGUCCAACUGGAUGCCUUCCUGCUCAUUUGCUUGGUGAUAUGUGGGGUAGAUUUUGGACAAAUCUAUACUCUUUGACAGUUCCCUUUCCAGAGAAACCAAAUAUAGAUGUUACUGAUGCAAUGAUAAACCAGAACUGGAAUGCGGUGAGGAUCUUCAAAGAGGCUGAGAAGUUCUUUGUAUCUGUUGGCCUUCCUAAUAUGACUCAAGGAUUCUGGGAAAACUCCAUGUUAACUGAGCCAACAGAUGGCCGGAAAGUGGUCUGCCACCCUACAGCUUGGGAUCUACAGAAGGGUGACUUCAGAAUCAAGAUGUGCACAAAAGUGACAAUGGACAACUUCCUGACAGCUCAUCAUGAGAUGGGACACAUCCAGUAUGACAUGGCAUAUGCCAUGCAACCUUACCUGCUAAGAAAUGGAGCUAAUGAAGGGUUCCAUGAAGCUGUUGGGGAAAUCAUGUCACUGUCUGCAAGUACACCUAAGCAUCUGAAGUCCAUUGGUCUUUUGCCAUCUGAUUUUCGUGAAGACAAUGAAACAGAAAUAAACUUCCUGCUCAAACAAGCACUAACGAUUGUUGGAACUCUACCUUUUACUUACAUGUUGGAGAAGUGGAGGUGGAUGGUCUUUAAGGGUGAAAUUCCCAAAGAUCAGUGGAUGAAAAAGUGGUGGGAGAUGAAGCGAGAGAUAGUUGGGGUGAUGGAGCCUGUGCCUCAUGACGAAACAUACUGUGACCCCGCAGCUCUAUACCAUGUUUCUAAUGAUUUCUCAUUCAUCCGAUAUUACACACGGACCAUUUAUCAAUUCCAGUUUCAAGAAGCCCUUUGUCAAGCAGCUAAACAUGAAGGCCCCCUCCACAAAUGUGACAUCUCAAAUUCCACCGAAGCUGGGCAGAAGCUGCUCAAUAUGCUGCGUCUUGGAAAGUCAAAACCCUGGACCUUAGCACUGGAAAAUGUGGUAGGAGCAAGGAACAUGGAUGUAAGACCACUGCUCAACUACUUUGAACCAUUGUUUGGCUGGCUGAAAGACCAGAACAGGAAUUCUUUUGUUGGGUGGAACACCGACUGGAGCCCUUAUACUGACCAAAGCAUCAAAGUGAGGAUAAGCCUAAAAUCAGCUCUUGGAGAAGAAGCAUACCAAUGGAAUGACAAUGAGAUGUACUUGUUCCGGGCAUCUGUGGCUUACGCCAUGAGAAUGUAUUUUUCAGAAGUCAAAAACCAGACCAUUCCUUUUAGAGAGGAGGAUGUAUGGGUGAGUGAUUUGAAACCAAGAAUUUCCUUCAACUUCUUUGUCACUGCACCUCAAAAUGUGUCUGACAUUAUCCCUAGAACUGAUGUUGAAAAGGCUAUCAGAAUGUCCCGGGGCCGCAUCAAUGGAGUGUUCCGCCUGGAUGAUAACACCCUGGAAUUCCUGGGGAUUCAGCCAACACUUGGACCUCCUUACCAGCCACCUGUCACCAUAUGGCUGAUUGUUUUUGGAGUUGUGAUGGGAUUGAUAGUGGUUGGCAUUGUCAUCCUCAUCUUCACUGGGAUCAGAGAUCGAAGAAGGUAAGAAAAAUCAAACAAAACGAGAAGAAAAUCCUUACGCCGAAUCCUCCAUGGAAAUGGGUAAAGGAGAAAAUAAUCCAGGAUAUCAAAACAUUGAUGAUGUUCAGACUUCAUUUUAGAAAAAUAUUUUUCCUCUUAAGGUGAUUUUAUUGUAUGUGCAUGUUAAUUUCAUGGUACCAAAAGUAUGAGAUUAUAAUAAUGCUAUUAAAUAUCAAAACUAUGACUCUGUUCAG